UUGUUUUCAGCCAAAGAUUGUUGUUGUGAAACACCGAAACACGGACACCGGACGAAAUGGCCUUUCCCGAUAAAGACGCUCGCGCAAAAUGUUGGACAGCGCGUGACGAAUACUGGGCCUGCCUGGACAAGCACGCACCCGACUACCAGUGCACAUCGCAAGCGCCCGAACCGAAAGAGUGUCUCCAGUUACGCAAAUUGUACCAGCAAUCCUGCCCGGCCCAGUGGGUGAAGCAUUUCGAUCGCAAGCGAACCUACGACCAGUUUAAGCAAAAGAUGGCGAAAGGAUACGAACCGCUGAACGAAACCAAAUAGUGGUGCUGCGGUAGCGGUGGUAGCACGUGUAUCAUACGGACAUUUCGACUAGGAGUUCUUCGUUUCGCUCUCGCUAAGCAACACUAUUGUUACGGACACGCAUUGAACAAGACGAGGAUGUGUAGUAAAUAAAUAAAAUAUAAUCACGUACUUUGUUCGUUACCAAAAAA